AUGCUCCAACAAACCGAUAGAGUUGUAAUGAGCACAACGGCGCUAAGGCCCGACCCGAAUAGGGUAAUAUAUUUGGAAUCCAUAAUGGCGAUCUGGCCAAUGGACAAUUCUCCAAUUUAUAUCGAACAAUUUUUACGGAUUUUCACGAGAUCGCAAAGAUUGCUGCGCAAGCGGCUUUUUCUUAUCGAGAAGCUAAAAGAUGCGCACACCGUCGGAUUGGUCAUUGGAAGUGUUGGUGUUCAUCGCCACAGAGAUGCUGUCCAGCGAAUGCGGACACUAUGCAAAGUCGGAGGCAAAAAAAUCUAUGUGAUUUCGGUUGGCAAGAUCAAUGUUCCGAAACUCUCAAAUUUCUCUUCGGACAUUGACAUAUUCGUGCUGCUAUCAUGCCCGUUCGGUGUUCUUCUCGAUUCGUCCGAUUUCUAUAGACCUGUUUUGUCCUUUUUUGAAGCGGAAGUGGCAUUGAAUGCCGGCAGGUCUUGGGCGGCCGAUUUUGGGUGGUCAGCCGACUUCUCGACGUGUCUUAAUGAUGAGAUUGUUGAAGAGAAGAAUGAUGAGAAAGGAGAUGUGAGUUUGGUAUCGGGAAAAGUACGAAUUCAGCAUAAGAAUAUUGAUGAGAAGGAUGGAACCAGCAGCACAAUAGCACUCUAUACUGCCGGAGAUUAUUUCAAAGAACGAUCCUGGAAAGGAUUGGAUGAUGGCGUUCGCGUUGAUGAAGACACGACGAUUCAGGAAGGUAGAUCAGGAAUCGCCCAAGACUACGAAGGAAAGUGA